AGGCAUUGUGUACACACUAAAACCCUCAAUAAAGCUCCCCAGCACAUGCAAAAAUGACAGGAGAAGCGAUCCAAUAUUGAUACAGCUCAUUUAGUUAAAUUAAUAGAUGGGGAUACAUCAAGCACACUGGAUAUUUUUUUGCGUCAUGCAAACAUUGUUGAUGUGAGAGUGGGAGUUUGUGGUGUGUCAGGUCAAAACUCUGAACUGUGAAGGACGCAGUUCCUCCCCGAAACCUCAGACUUCACAGCUCAAGUCUCUCUUGAGCCCUCCGUCGUGGACGUCAGCAUGUCAUCGGGGAGGCCUGGAAGUUGUAGGGGGGUCAGCGGGGUGUCUGGAUGGACACUUUUGUUCCUCACUCUAACCUACACGGCAACGGAGGACUUCAGGCACGUGAUCAGUCGCAGCGGGGAAGCAGUGAUGCUGGACGUGAACAUGUCGGAGGUUGACGACCCGAGGUGGAAGCAUGCUGGGAUGCUCCUGGCCAGCCACAACAAGACGAAAUAUGAGCAUUUCCAGCUCUUGCCUAACGGCUCCCUGCUGCUGCGCUCCGGGAGGAGCACCGACAGUGGGAACUACACUGUGGACGUGUACGAUAAGAGGGGAAGGAAAACCCUAACCAUGACCUACAGACUCCUCAUCCUAGAUGUCCCUGAGGUGCAUGCUCGCUGUGCUCUGGAUGGCAGUCUGGUUUUGACAUGCUCUGUCCAAUCAGAAGAAAACGUUCCGAUGAGGUGGGUCGGACCCGAUGUUCCAGCCAAUCAGAGCAUGACACUGGGAUUGGAGCUGACCCUGUACCUGCCCAGCAUGAAGGAGAACAUCACCUGUGAGGUGGACAACAAAUUGAGAAUAGCACACAGCCAGCCCCCUCUGCUGGAAUGCAGAGAUCGUGUUCCAACAGUAGUGGUGGUGGUGGUAUUCAGCCUGAGUGUUCUGACCCUGUCCCUGCUACAGCUGAGGACCACCUGCAACAGGACCCAACUCACUGCGGGAGAGGACAGUGUGUACGUAGAGAUGCACGGCGACCGGAAGCCUACCCAGACGACCAGAGACCGCUCAGCUGUAGAGUCCAGCUACACCCUGAUGCAGAGUAACAUAGGAGUCCCACCGCAGGGAGACGCAGCAAACACCGAUGUCUACGAGUCCUGUGGAUCAGGUACUGCCAGCCCUGAGGGCCCGGCCAAAACACAGCAAACAUCAACUGCAGAACAGGAGAACAUCUACUGCUGACUCAGAGAACUUCUACUGGUGAAUGUCUACUGGAAAAAAACCUUUUGGAGAAGGUCUACUGGAGAAAGUCAAUGAGAGAACAGAUUUUCGGUAAUACUUUAUUUGAAGGGGUAUGAAUAAGAGUGACAUGACACUGUCAUGGCACUGUCAUAACCAUGACAUGACACAUGAAACGAUGCUUAUGAAUGUUUAUGAAUGUUGUCAUUAGGUGUCAUUCGGUGAAUUAUGUCAUUUCUUAUGCAAGGUUGACAUUGUUUGUGAUGUCUUUGUUAUGACAACUUGACAUUAGCUGAGACAACAUCACCUAGCAAUGUCGUUGUCAUGACAACUUGACAUUAGCUGAGACAAAAUAACCUGGCAAUGUCUUUGUCAUGACAACUUGACAUUAACUGAGACAGAAUAACCUGUCACUGUCUUUGUUAUGACAUCUUGACAUUAACUGAAACAAAAUAACCUCUCAUAAACAAAUCAUAGAAGGCCUGAUUAUCAAACUUGAAGAACAUAUUUAGCUUUAUGUGAGGUUGUCUUGCUGUAGCCUCUCCAGUGCACCUGUUGUCACUUUCAUUUGCACCAAAACAGGUGAUAUUGAUUCAUAAUUGCUUAUGCUUCCUAACUGGACUGAUUGAUAUCCCUGAAGUUUAAAUGACAGUGUAAUAUUGUGGUGAUUAUGUGUUCCAUACAUUUUCAGAGCAGUGUAUUUAGCUUUAUGUGUUAGUAUUAAAUACUACUGUCAUAUGUGGUUGGUGGAUGAUCAUGAGACCAUUAUAAUUGUGUCAUGAAUAUUGUCCUUGACCUCAAGUACAGUGGUAACAUUUUCACUUGUCAUAACGAUUUUAUUAAGUGCUAUUACACUGUCAAAUACUUGUAUAACAGUGUCAUGAAUAUGUUCCUUGAUCUCAAGUACACUGGUAACAUUUUCACUUGUCAUAAAGAUAUCAUUAAGUGUUAGUACACUGUCAAACGCUUGUAUAACAGUGUCAUGAAUAUUUUCAUUGACCUCAAGUACAGUGGUAACAUUUUCACUUGUCAUUAAGAUAUCAUUAAGUGUUAUUACACUGUCAAAUGCUUGUAUAACAGUGUAAUGAAUAUUUUCCUUGAUCUCAAGUACAGUAGUAACAUGUUCACUUGUCAUAAAGAUAUCAUUAAGUGUUAUUACACUGUCAAAUGCUUGUAUAGCAGUGUCAUGAAUUUUUUC